AUGACCUAGGAAGUCCUCUCUCUUCAUUCCCCUGACACAUGCCGCGGUGCCACGGAAAUCGACAGGUGCUCGCGGGGCAUCUCCGGAACCUCCGCCGGGCGUCCGUCAAGGGAGCAUCCCGGCGGUCUGGAGACCAGCCCGGGAGCGCUGGGGCCGGGCCGGGCGCGGCGGCGGCGGCGGCGCGGCGUCUGGGACCAUGGCUGCAGCCCCGGUGACCCACGCCGUCUCCCCCAGCAAGCGGGCGCGGCCCGCGGUGGAGGAGCCCCUGCGGCUCCGCUUUGUGCGGCUCUCGGAGCACGCGACCGCCCCGACCAAGGGGUCCAAGCGCGCCGCGGGCUAUGACCUGUACAGUGCCUAUGAUUAUACAGUACCACCAAUGGAGAAAGCCCUGGUGAAAACCGACAUUCAGAUAGCUCUUCCUUCUGGGUGUUACGGAAGAGUAGCACCUCGUUCUGGCUUAGCUGCAAAACACUUCAUAGAUGUUGGAGCUGGUGUCAUAGAUGAAGACUACAGAGGAAAUGUUGGCGUAGUAUUAUUUAAUUUUGGCAAAGAAACGUUUGAAGUCAAAAAAGGUGAUCGAAUUGCACAGCUCAUUUGUGAACGCAUUUUUUAUCCAGAAAUAGAAGAAGUUCAAGUUUUGGAGGACACAGAGAGAGGCUCAGGAGGUUUUGGUUCCACUGGAAAGAAUUAAAAAUUGCUUCAAGAAUAGAAAGUGAGAGAAUGUUCUUUUUUGUUAAAAAUAAUAAAGUUUUUUGUUUAAACUGC